CACACACACACACACACACGCUUUUAACAUUGGCUCGCAACAUGGCGUUGAAGCGCCGAGAGACACAGCAGCUCUACCCCGACUAAUGCGGUGGUUCUGUGCGGGAAGCUGCGGGACCAAUGCCCUACAGUCACCCAAACCCUCAGAGCGCUCCUUUUGAGCUCCGCCGCGGAGAAUAGCGGAUUCCAGCGUGUGCAUGCUGCUGUAAAUGCUUCAAACUACGGUGUAUGUGAUUGUAUACAGGCGCACGCUUCUACCCCGCUGGUGGAAAUCAAAGGCUGUACAUGGCGGUGGAGAUUACAAUUUGGCUUUUCUGUCUUCUUUCGCUGGCCUGGGGUCCAACCAAGCAAGAAAAACCUGUUGCAGUGGAACUGAGCUGUGGUGCCGGGCCCAGCCAUGUAAUUCUAGAGCUUGGUUCACCCCUUCUGCUGGACUGCAACCUGGGGUCCAGUGACACUCCUUUUAAUGUUACCUGGUUCAAGGAUGGCCAGCUUCUGCCCCCCGCACCAGGAGAUCAUCAGUAUUUAAGCAAUGGAUCCCUUCUCCUGUUACCCACCUCCACAGACAGUCAGCCACCAAAGAAUGUAGAGGGUAGUUACAGCUGCGUGAGUGCCAGCGACAUUGGAGCACUGACCAGUCGGGCAGUAAAUGUGCUGCUUGCAAGUCUCUCCAGGCUCUAUCAGGAGCCAUCUCCACAGACGGUGAUUAUUGGGGGAUUUGCUCGCUUCGAGUGCCAGAUGACGGGAGUACCUUUACCUGUCAUUACAUGGCAAAAGGACAAAGUGACUAUUGAUGAUGAUACAAGAUUCAUUUACCUUCCUAAUGGGGUUCUGCAGAUUCUGAAGGUGACUAAAGAAGAUGAGGGCAUCUACCAGUGUGUUGCGUCCAAUUCUGCCGGAAAGGACAUCAGCACUGAAGCCAGACUCACUGUCACAACAGGACCCAUUGAUACCCUGAACCCAGUGGUGAUUGUUGUGCCACCUCAGAAUGUCACUGUGGUACUGGGCCAUCCUGCUGUGAUGGAGUGUAUGGCGCAGGGUCACCCAAAACCUUUUGUGUCUUGGAGUAGACAAGACGGAAAACCCAUUUCCACUGACGUGAUCGUCCUUGCAACAAACCUAGUGGUUAGGGACACUAGGCGCCACCAUGCUGGUGUCUAUGUCUGCCGAGCCAACAAGCCCAAGACUAGAGAGUUUGUCGUUGCUGCUGCUGAAUUGCAUGUUGCUGCCCCUCCAGUGAUUGUUCAGUCCCCUGAAUCGGUGUCCCUCACUAGAGGAAGUACUGCCAGGUUUCUGUGUAACAGUUCAGGGGAGCCUCUUCCAGAGCUGCACUGGCUAAAGAAUGGCCAACCCAUCAGGUCUUUCAGGCGGAUAAAGAUGCAAAGCCCUGGGGUUCUGCUCAUCAACCAGCUGGCUCUGGAGGAUGCAGGCUACUACCAGUGCAUUGCGGAAAAUCGGCUUGGCACAGCCUGUGCCACUGCCAGACUGACGGUCAUUGUGAAGGAAGGUCUCCCCAGCCUCCCACGCCACCUGACUGCCACUCCUUACUCCAGCACAACUGCCCUGCUCUCCUGGGAGAAACCUGAGUACAACACAGACCAAAUCAUUGCCUACUCUGUUCACUACCAACGCACAGCAGGAUCAGAUAAUCAGGAGUCUUCCUUUGCCGUUAGCAAUGAAACCACAGAGUAUCUCAUCAAAGAGCUUCGGCCCCAUACUGCCUACACUUUUUUUGUGGUGGCUUAUUCGCCCAUGGGAGCGAGUCCUCCAUCGCUGCCUGUAACUGUAGAGAUGCUGGAGGAUGUGCCUAGUGCACCGCCUCAGCUCUCUGUAGUUAGUACAUCCCCUACUGACAUCAGGCUGACAUGGCAGCCGCUGUCCUCACAGCACAGCCGAGGAGCUGUUACCCGCUACCGCAUUGAUUACAGUGCGCUGGAUCAGAUGGAUAUCAUGUUCUCAGUGGAGCUGAGAGGCAAUGAGACUCAGUUCACGCUCAGGGAGCUGCGCCCAAACCAGGUUUACCGGCUGAGGAUAGCUGCUGGAACUUCUGUUGGCUUUGGUGUUCCUUCUGAGUGGGUCCAGCACCAAACAAUAGUACGCUAUAGGCCCAGUGACAACAGCACAGUGAUUUUUGCUCCUUCUGAGCUGAAGGUGAGAUCCAGAGUGAGCACUCUCAAUGUAACAUGGCAGCCCUCACCAAAUCAUACAAUGGUUUCCGGCUAUAAGCUCUCAUAUCGGGAAGCAGAAGCUGAUGGGACCUCUAAGCAAGAAGGGUCAUCGAAGACACACACCAUCAGGCUUCGAAAGAAGGCAAGGCAUCACCUGUUGACUGGGCUGGUUCCUGACCGGCAGUAUGAAGUGAGGGUCUGGGGAUUCAACAGACAAAAAGAUGGAGAGGCUGCAGUGUGGAAAGGAAGGACUGAUAAGAUUUACAGUAGACCUUCUGGACCAUCCUCAUCGCCUCCAUUGCCCCCCAGCAGCAUCCAAGCAACGGCUAACAGCUCCACUUCCAUCUGGCUCCGCUGGGAGAAACCCCGGUUCAUUAAUGUACGGAUCAUCAACUAUAUAGUACGCUGCAGCCCAGCAGGAACCACCAAUGCAUCUCUGGUUUCUUAUUAUACCAGUUCCUCUUUGGAGAUCUUGCUGGGGGGACUGAAGCCUUUCACCCACUAUGAGCUGGCAGUCCGGUCUAAUGGGGAGGACAGUACAGGACCCUUCAGUGGCACAGUGGAGGAGUCUACACUGCCUGACCGGCCGUCCACACCACCCCAGGAACUGCAGCUGAGCGCUCUGGACUCCUCAUAUGUGCUGGUGAGCUGGCGCCCUCCUCUGGAACCAAAUGGCAUUAUCUGCAGCUACAGUAUUUUGUUUACAGUCAACCCGAGUGAGCCAGAGCACCAGUGGAGAAAUCUCUCAGAGGAUGGGGAUAUCUUUAGUACGGAGGUCAAUGGUUUGUCAGGGGGAACUUGGUACUUCUUUAAAGUGGGAGCUUCGACUAAAGUGGGACCAGGGCCUUUUUCUUCUGUUAUGGAUGUUCAGACUCCACUGCCCACAUAUGAGUUGGACGUUCAUGCAGUCACAGGCAUCAUAGUUGGUGUUUGUUUGGGACUCAUUUGCAUCCUUCUCUGUAUGUGUUUCAGCUUCCGCAACAGUAAAUCCAGAGAACUAUCUGGAGGUCUGAACUCCACAGCUGUGACCCCUCAGUGCAGAAAAGUUGGAUGCCCUGCUCCAGCCAAAGUGCCAGAGUGCAGCGAUAGCCAUGAACUGGAGACUCUGAUGCCCCUUGGGACCCAGGAGUUGGGUCAGCAGCGGACAAAUGAUUCAGAAGAACAGAGUCUGAUGAUUGCUUGGAAUGGCUCUGUGAGUCAUAAUUGGGUCAACAGGAUCACAAGAUAUAGAGACACUAUAACGGAGGAGUCUCCAGCACUGAUUAAUGGAGCUCUCAACAUGUUUAUUACUACAGCUAGCAUGGAAAAAGACGACCAUCUGUGCACGUCUCUGUGCAGUAACCAGGUAGAGGCGGAAGUCAUCGUUCACUCUGAGUUGUCAGACCCCAGUGGGGAAGAGGAGGAGGAGGAAGGAAACAGUGGGGUUUCUAACUCCACCAGGGGACCCUCAUUAUUAGAAGAUGUGUAUUCCCCUUUGAGUGAGCCAAGUUCGACAGUGAGAGAGGAUCAUCUAGAAAACCUUAUAGUAGCUAAAAGUCUCCAGAGUCUUCCCAAAAGAACAAUAUUGGCUCAUCACAAUGGAGAGGCAGAAGGCAACGUAGAGCAACAGAACUCAGACACUGAGACACAACCAGACAAUUGCCUCACCAAUGGCUUCCACUCUCCCAAUAUAUCAAGAUCUGUGCUGAGAUCUGAGCAUUUAGUAACUGAAGACUCAAGGCACUGCCCGGCUGCAGCAGGGAAGGCCGUCUCUGCUGGACUACCUCCUGCACCCUUUGUUAGCUCUGUCUCAGUUCACUCUACCUCAGCUCCUCACACAUAUCUAUGCCCUUAAUUUUAUCCACACAGAAACAUCGCAGACUGUUUUUUAAUUUUACAGGAAGAAUUUAUGAGAAAUAUUUUUUUAUGCACAUUUUCACUGCAUUGCUUUUCUAUCCCUUUUAGAGUUGUACAGGUACUUUGAGUUCUUCAUUUACCAUAUGUGAAUAUUAUAUACUGUAAGCCUAAGAACUGAUUUCUGAAAAGGUAAAGAACUGUUUCAGGUUAUACAUCUUUGUAGCUCUCAGUUUCUGUUCAGAUCACAUUGUUGGCAAGUUGGCAAAGCAGAUUGAAGUUAAUUAAUGAGGGUUUUUCUCCACUGUGUUACGCAUCAUUGUGUUCCACUCAAGUAGGACACACAGCAGGAAGUCAUUGAGAAAAUCUGACAGUUUUAUCAACAGAGAUGGGGUAGGUCAGGAAAGGGAAUGGAGUUGGGGAUGGUGAUAGUUUGAUAGGGUGGGUAUGUUUUUUUUUGGGGGGGGGAUAUCUUUAUGAAUAUUACCGCAAUGUGGCAUUGAAAUGACAUUAGCCUUAAAGAGCAUCUACUAACGUCAAAGAGUUGAAAACCUGUUUCUCUCGCCAGCAUUGUGUAGUCUCAGGAUUCAAACACUCAGACAGGGAUAACAGCUAGCACCACUCUUGCAUAUUUACACCAAUUUCCUGAGUGUAGUGUUGAGGUCUCAGGUGCCUAAAUAUUCUAGGUGCAUUUAUAACUUCUGUGUAAUUUUUAUUCAGUACAAGUACAAAUCAUGUCAAAGUUAACAAAAUAGAUGUUGAGCAUUUAGACUAUGCCAUUAUGUCCCUUUGAUGGGACCUCUUAUACCAGGUAUAUUUGGUUUUUACUAUUUAUUAGAGGGAAUAGCUCAUGUUGAAAAUCAGAGUACCUCAAUGUUGACUUUGGUUGCAUUAUGCUGGUGGGAGAACUGAUCAGCUUUACAGCAAUUCAUCUACAGACUACUCUAAUGAUUAAGCUGGGAUGCACCUCUGUCCGUACUGAUGUCACCACACUGUGCUGUUAUCAAAAACCAAUUCUUCUUUUCUUGAUUGAUAGAAAAUUAAGGUUGACUCUUACACCAAGACUCAUCUAAUUCCAGUUUAACUUGUAAUAUACCCUUAUAGAUUCUGUCAAAAUUAAAUGUUUCGGAUCAUCAAUGUAUGCUCAUUGUCUCACAGAGAUAAAUCAGAGUUAAUAAAAAAAAAAGUCGUGUUUCUAAUUGAGGAUUUCUACACUUGAAAAAAGUAAUCCCAGGUCGGACAUGACAUAAGGUACAUCUUUUGGGUUUUU